AUGACUUACACUGGGGGCUUCGACAUGGCCCCCCGAACAAAUAUGUCGUUAAUGAAAGACCCCCAAGACUGGACGGUCGACGAGCUUGUUACAUUUCUCUGCCAUGACAAGCCUGGAGACUGGUCCUACAAUUUGGUUUGUCCAGAUCUCGUGAAGCUGGAGGCGUCCCUCCGAGAGAAUUCAAUCUCAGGCUUAAGUUUUCUUGACAUCACGGACGACCAUGUGAAGGAGCUGGGUAUCAAAGUUAUUGCGCAGCGCCAGUAUGUGCUGAAAGCCUGUAAAUGGCUACAGCGACGCUCGACAAAAUAUCAACUGGACCAAUUGGAGCAACAGCGGCCACUUGUCAAUGAACAGCAACGUUCAGCAGGCCUCAAUGACAACAACUCGACUUCAAACCAUCCCACCCACCCCAAUGUCUCUUCUACACUGCUCCCAACAGGGGAGAAAAGACGCCGGGUCGGGACGACCAUCGCGGCACGGCCGUCCACACCUUCUCUCCCGGGGCCCCUCACCCCAGAAGGGCCACGUGCACCCAUCUUCGAUGAUGGGUUCUUCGAGCGUCUCCUGAGUGCCUACCCACCGGACGACACUGAGGUCCUCCCACUCCUUGGAGGAUCCGGGUCCGAAGGGGAGUACGACACGGAGACCCGCGAAGAACUCGGAGAGGAUGGGGAGCAAUCCCGCGCAGGUACUCCCCCGGAUGCUGCUGGGGGCCUCGGAGAGGCUGAGUUCAAUAAAAUAGUGGACCAAUACAUCGAGACACGGAAAGCUCAGUUCAUCGAAAUUCGUCUGCCGAAAGAGCAGGCCAAAGGAUUUUACAUUUGGAACGAGGGCCAAAAGUCCCCGGGUAUGAAGAACGAGAUUUCGACCCAGCUCGCCCACCUGGAGAAACGUUCCCAAAGUCUUCGCAAAGCACUUGCUGAGGCACAACACUCUUCUCGCUCGUCUUUAGUCAAGGCAUGCGCGUGCCUCGACCCCACUGUGGCCGAUAUUUGCUUGUAUCAAUGGAAGCUUUCCAUUCUCGAGCAGAUUAGCCCGCCGCCCAAACUUGCUCGCCCGCCACGCACCACACGACCAGAAAAGCCCACUGUGAACUCGGACGGUGAAGAAACUCUCAGUUCCGAUUCGGAUUCCACGCACGGUAUCGGAGACAUGGAACACAAGUCUCCGGAACAAUCGGAAGACGGUCUCCGUCUCGUCUCGAGUUCUGAUAUUUCUGAACCCGAAGAGCACCAGGUUGUACAGGACCAAGAGGUGCCACGUUCUCGCGAAGCUUAUCAAGUCGGACCGUUCCGUGACUACUCUUCAGAUGAGGAUCUCGGUCACCUUUUUUACAAAGAUGAAAAUUACGAGCCACCAGUGGCCAAGAGGCGCCGCCUGGAGAAGGAUAUCUUGGAUCAAGGGUCUCCAAUACCACCAUUGCCACCGAUAACAACCAUGCCGUUGAAACCGGACAUUGCGCUACCCUCGAAGGAACGUGACGGAGGGGGUCAGACGGGGGCCAAUACAUAUCCUGUCGACCCGAUGCAUCUCAAAACACAUGAGUCCGUGGACCCGGCGAGUGACAACGGCAGUGAAACCGAUGAGGCUGUGUUGGUUUUUGACGACGUCUAUUCCAUGAUGUGGGCAACUAUUGAGGAGAGUGGAAACAGAAUUCACCUGUUGGCGAAAGCUCUCAUGGACCUGCGUAAGAAUCGUCUCCGCCAACUUCUCGAAUUUCUCGUCAAGUACAUGCCAUGUGUGUAUCCAGAACAUGCGCGAGAUGCGCUAAAAAGCAUGUGCGAAGACUCGUCGGCGAUGGAAGGAUGGGACCCCGAGGAGAGUCAUUGUACAAUGUUGAUGACUGCCUUGUUUGUGUCCUGGGUUAAUGUUAUCCACGUCCCUAUUGGCGCCUUUAGGGCAAAAGAAGUCAAGGCUGCGCUUGUGGCUGUCAGAGAUGAAGAGGAAAACCAAUUCGCCCCGUUCUUCAAAUGUUUGAAUGACCUUCUUCGGGGGUACAGAAAAUGGUUGAAUUUGCCAUAUCGUCUCCAAUCCGACGAAAUGAACACAGCCAUUCGGCGCGACAAGCAGGAAUUCACCGACGACCAAAUGACCCUGACACCGGUCCAGAAGGAAGGCAAAGAACGGGAAGACAAAGCAUUUCUUACGUCUCGGCUUGCCCACGGGCAUGCUCAUCUCGAAAAUCUCUCAAAGCCGGUUUCUUUCCGAAUUCCCAUGAUAUACCUGGACCCCCGCAUUGCGCAAUAUGUCAAACCCCACCAGCUCUCUGGGAUUCGGUUCAUGUUCCGAGAAAUCGUUGAGAACAGAAGUGAAGAAGGGUGCUUGCUAGCCCACACUAUGGGGUUGGGCAAGACCAUGCAAGUGAUAUCCCUUCUCGUUACAAUUUCCAAGGCCGGGGCAUCACCGGAUCCGGCAAUUCGUGAUCAAAUUCCCAAAGAAUUGCGACAGUCCAAAACUCUGAUACUGUGCCCAGCAUCGCUAAUCCAAAAUUGGCACGACGAGUUCGCAAUGUGGCCACCCACGAACCACAAACUUGGCAAUAUUCGCUCCAUUCCAACAAAAAACCCGACCCUUGACCGAACCGAAGAGAUUCGCGCGUGGAAUGACGAGGGUGGUAUACUGAUCCUCAGCUACAACAUCUUCCGCAUUAUUACCAAGGACAAUGUGGGAAGGAAGGAAGACCAGGGACAACAAUCGGUCAACGAAAGUGUCAAGAGUUUGGUGUUGAACAGCCCAACUCUUGUUGUGGUCGACGAAGCCCAGAAUUUACGCAACCAAGGAAGCCAAAUUUCCGAGGCAGCCUCCCGCUUACGCACCCGGAAACGGAUUGCUCUCACUGGCACUCCGAUAUCCAAUGGUUUGGAAGAUUACUAUUGGAUGGUUAAUUGGGUUGCCCCGCGGUUCCUUGGAAGCUUUGCGAAGUUCAAUGAGGAUUUCAUCAAGCCAAUCGAAAAUGGCACGCAGAUUGAAAGCCAAAAUUUCGACAGAAGAAAGGCACUCCAGUGCCAGGAGAUGUUCCUUCGCCUCAUCGAGCCCAAGGUACAGCGAGCGGACAUGUCCGCACUGGCAGUCGAUUUGCCACCAAAGUACGAGUUCUCUGUUUACUUUGAGCUGACAAGCCUCCAAAAAGCUUUGUACAACAUCUUCGUUCAAGGUGUGGGAAGGGAAGCGGGUGUCCGCCCGGAGCUUAUGUCUUGGCUGCCACUUCUUAAGCUUUGCUGUAAUCACCCGGCCAUUUUCAAGGCAGAUCUGGAAUCCCGGAAGAGCAAGAAUUCAAGUGGCGAACAAAAAGGUCCUAGCAGUGAUGGUCCCAGUGGUAACCUUGGCUCUAAUGUGCCCGUCGAAGAGCAAAUAAUUACAAAAUCAAUUUUACCUGAACUGGAUGAUGCGUUCAAGGAGGCUCCAGACUUGCUGGAUCCCAGCCUAUCCAGCCGAGUGAUGAUUCUCAAUGAGAUUAUCAACCAGGCUAUCACACUCGGGGACAAGGUCCUGGUGUUUUCGGGCAGUAUUCCGACACUGAAGUAUCUGGCGCAAGUCAUGGACAAAACGCAGAGAAUGUAUGCUCUCCUUGAGGGCAGUAUGCCUGCGGGUAAGCGUUCCGAGAUAGUUCGGGGAUUCAACGACGAUCCCUCGACCUACGUGUUUCUGAUUUCAACCAAAACGGGUGGCGUUGGCUUGAACAUCCAGACCGCGAACCGAGUUGUCAUUUUCGAUUUCCAGUUCAACCCUACAUGGGAGCAGCAGGCAAUCGGACGUGCCUACCGCAUUGGUCAGAAGAAAAAAGUUUUCGUGUACCGAAUGGUCGCUGCUGGAACCGUCGAAGAGAAGAUCUUUAGCAAAACUAUUUUCAAGAGCCAGCUUGCGGGCCGCCUUCUCGAUGAUGAGCACGUUGCUCGCAUGGGCUCAAAGGCCGAAGAAAAGUACCUAGUUCCGUGGUCGAAAAGUGCCCAGCAAGAGGGAAUUUGCCCCGAGGCGCUAGCUAAAGACCCGGGAACACUGGAGAGGAUAAAAUCCUCUAAGUGCGCCCAGUACAUACUCUCGAUCAAGCAGGUAGACCAUGAAGAGGAUCCAGACGAUGUUCUGACUGCCGAGGAGCGGAAGACUGUGGAGGAUGAGCUCGAACUGAGACGUCUUCGUAUUAGUUCCGAGGAACUGUGA